AGAGCCUGGGGUAAUAUGGGCCCCACACAGCGGCCUCACUCUCAGCUCAAGUAUGAGAAGGACAAACAAGCUAUCACAUGUGUGCAUGCUACCAUAGCCACCGUGUCUAGUCGAAGUACUGCAAGUUGAAGAAUACUUUACUGAGCAGUUGCAAAGGACUACUGUAUUUCAUCUUUCAAGUUGCUUCUCCACUUUGCACAGGACAUACCUCGCAUAAACGAAUUUUCAUCAUUGCUCGAAAUCUGGAAUAUCAGCAGCGAAAAUGAGGAAUUACAAACGUAAGACAGAAACCUCUUACACCAAGCAGUCUCUCAUAGAUGCAGUUGAAGCCAUCAAAGAAGGCAAGAUGGGACUCAAAAAGGCAAGCAAGAUAUAUGGAAUAAGCCGUACUACGCUGCAGAAAAGGGUACAGGGCAAGAUUUCAAUUGAUGUCUUUGGUGGUGGUCGCAAAACCGUUCUUCCCAAGCAUGUUGAGGACGAAAUGGCCAGAUGUCUUGGCAUUCUAGCAAGCUGGGGUCUUGGAUUCACUAAGGCUGCGCUUCUAGACCUAGUUGCCGAUUAUGUAAAGACCUGUAACAUUGAGAACCCUUUCACUGAUGGUAGACCAGGAAUCGACUGGUAUAAAGGAUUCAUGGAUCGGCAUCCUUCUCUAAGCCUUCGAAAACAAGAACAGCUUCGUUGCAGCGGGGCAAAGCUGACAGAGAAAGAAACUGUAGACCACUGGUUCGAGCUGUUAGGAAAAACUCUAAAAGACCUGAGUCUUGAAAACAAACCCUUCCAGAUAUAUACAGUUGAUGUGAACGGAUUGCCUCUGGACCCAUCUAAGCUGAAACGGAUAGCAGAAAAGGGUCUGGAGAAUGUCUUCCAAAUUAUUGGAAGCUAUUCUGGAGGAUCAGAGAGAGAAAAAAUUACAGUGAGCGGAUGUGGUUCUGCUUCAGGACAUGUGCUACCUCCCUAUGUGUUGUACAGUGGAAAAAACUUGAAUACAGAAUGGACCAAGGAUGGGGUCCCAAAUGCCAGAUACAAUACAUCACACAAUGGCUGGAUGGAAGCUGUCACACUGUUUGACUGGUUCCAAAAUAUGUUUCUCCCCAACAUCCCACAAGUCCGGCCAGUGCUUCUCAUUUUUGAUGGCACUGCAUCGCACAUUACGUUUCCUCUAGUAAAGCUUGCUUCAGAGAAUGAGAUCACCAUCCUACCCAUUCCUUCUAGCACAACCCACUAUCUUAACCCUCUCAAUGUCAGUGUGUAUGGACCUGUUAAAACAGCAUGGGAGAAGAUCCUUCUUGCCUAUGCCACAGAGAAUCUUGGAAGAGCACUUGUCAAAGAUGAAUUCCCUAGGCUUGUCAAGGAUCUCUGGAAUGAAGAAAUGAAACCCGAAUCCCUUGUGAGUGGUUUCAAGAGCUGUGGAAUCAUGCCUUUCAACGCAUCGGCAGUUCCAGAAUCCACAUAUAAAGCAUCCGCUGCAUUGAAGCCAAAUACAGUUCCGUCAUUUGUGUAUAAACCAGAUGUCUGCAGUGAUUUCCCAUCAACCUCCAGAAUAUCUCAUGCUAUGCUGCCAUCUGCAAUCCAGCCCGAAUUCUGUAAUGAUUCUUCAUCAACUUCCGGAUUAUCUCGGGCACCACCACAUAUGUCUUGGCAUGCUAUACAAAUGAAAGAAGUUGAAGGAAUCAGAUCACCUCUUACAAGUUCUCUGUGUGGUAGCACCUCUUCUACAUCCCCUUUGAAUAUGUCUGUGACUCCAGACUCGAGUUCUUCAACCCAAACUUCUGCUGAAAACUCUACUCCUGCCAUUGCAGAGUUAUUUGCAAAACACAUCCAAUCAAAGGCAGAAUCAAACAGACCAUCAAAAAGACAAUCAGAAAGAGUAUUGAGUGAGAUUGUGACAAAAGAACAUGUGCAGCCUUUGAAGCAAGAACAUAAGGUGAAAAGAAGAAGAAAGAGUGAAAAUCCGAGGAAGACAAUAAAAAGGCUGGACAAAAAGUAUCAACAACAUGAAAGAGAUGAAUUAGAUAAUCUGUUUGAUGAUCCAGUGGAAGUUCUGCAAACUGACAAUGAAACCCAAAAGGAUGGCAAAGGCAUUGAAAGAUGUGAUGCUUGUGGUAAAAUAUAUGAUACCACCAACUCUGACCAGUUCAUUGGUUGCGAUCUUUGUCCAAAACGGUUUUGCAAGAGUGCCGUCUGCUGUGGCCUUGAUCUCUUAUCAGAGGGAGAUGUUACGACAGUCAGCUUUGUGUGCAAUUAUUGCCAAGAGAUCAUGUACAACAGACGAAUAACAACACUUAUGGAAAUGGAACAUGGACGAAAGAUGUAUGCUAUAUCAUAAGCAUUGCUUAAUUAAUUUAGGGUACCAUACUUACAUGAAGUUGGUCAAUUAGAGGAAAAUUAAGCUUUGUUAUUAUUAAUAUCAAGUAUUUCAGAUCUGAUCUGGAGGGUAGCACACUUCAUUAUAGUUAGUUACAGCUGAGAAUUUAAUCAAUUCCACAAGGUUUUGAAAGAAUCCCAUUCUACCAGUUUUUUUUCCACAAAUUACCCACUUGUCAUAGUUAUUAAACAUUAAUUGAUAUGCAAAUGAGAAAAACUGAAAGCUGGUAACAUUUGAUAGGAUGUGAAUACUAGACGUGAAGGAGGUUCAUCAUGGCGAUGGAAGCAGUUGAAGAAAUUAAUUGGUUGUCUUACGACAUGUGAUAUGUUAUUGUUCCUCUAGUCUGAUACUAUUACCAGAGAUAUUACAUGUUCUAGUUAGUUAGCAUGUUUUAUUACUUAUUUUUGAAAAUGUUAACUACAUACAGAUUUCUGACUGUACACAGUUAUAAUUGAUCUCUGUUAGUUUUGAACAUGUAGCAUCAAAAUCUAAUCAGAUCAUUGUCAUCCUCGUACGCUUACAUGAGCCAAGUUUGAAGUAAAUCCCUCAAACCAUUAUUUGGUAUCAUCAUGAGAACAAAGUAUUUCAAGUAGGCCUAUACAUGUAUAUAGAAUUUUGGGACUUAUUUGGCUCGUGACUACAAAAACUUUAUCAAGUUCAAGUGUGAAUGCACAAAUGAAAUAUCCCAUAUUUAGAAUUGAGUACAGGUUCUUGCAAUUUACUGGUAUGUUAUGUGAUCUCUCUGCUAAGGGUUCCAUGAAGGUGGGUAUGAAAGAAACUAUACAGUGGUGUUCAAAAGUUAAUGAACCGCACCAGAAAAUAAACAUAUGUAAAGAGUUCAAUUUCUGCCAUGUCUUUGAUAUUUAAUUGUGAAGUCAGGUGUUAAAAUAUUACAUUCAAUAAAGUUUAAUUCUCUGGGCUCGCUGAACAUUACAGUGUUAUUGUCUACAUUUGACACUCGGCAUGAAGGAGUGUAUUUUGUGGUGGGUUCACUAACUUUUGAGGACAAUUGUAUGCAUGCAUGGUGUCAUGCGGUUAGACACAGCGAUGAGAGCAACGUAUGGUGAUGGGAGAUGCUUGAAAGGAAGAAGACAAA